AUGACUGCAUCUUUUUGGUCUCUUCCAACUCUUGCACCGAGUUCGCUGAGAGUCUGGCACUAUUGUUCCCUCGUUCUCCGAUAUUUCCGUCUCAUCCACGCACAUGUUUUCAGAUACGGAAACGAUAGGGCAUUAAUUACGGUUUAUUAUCCAAUGAACAACCGCCAGGACAUCGUAUCUCAAUGGAACCACAUCUAUGAACUAUCUUCUGAGAAUUUUCAUGAUAAAUGCUAUUCAUACCACCUUAACUCUACCACGCCUGUCUGUCAAGUGCCAUAUGAAGCUGUACUUCUAGUUGACUACGAUCUGCUCGGACGAAGCGAUGCACGUACAGCGUUCUCUGAAAUCUUCCACGCCCAUCCGGAACCGCUUUCGAAACCUUCUUAA